AUGGAUACCAUCACGGGUAGCUUUGCCUUAUUUCGCCUUCGCUCAAACGCUGGGGGCGGACAAAACCUCCCGGCACUGUUGCUGUUUGUGGUCACUUUUCAUCUCGCACGUACGAUCUACUGCGUAGUCCCCGAAGUUACACGCGGCGAGCAAGGACGGCAGUCUCAUCUGAAGCCAGGGUCCACCCGUGCUCUCGGUCGACGGUCGAGUAAUCCUGUAUUCUCUAGAAGUGCCGAGAGAUACUUUGAUGUUUUCUUCGGUUUUUCCCGCCGUUGCUAUGCAUCGCAGAGAAGAGGGGGUGGUGCGAUAUGGGACGACGCCACGAGGAACCACCUCAUAAAGAAGCAAAGUCCGACAACGCCGGUAACUCAAAGGCGUUUGUUGGACACUAGUAAAAACUCCUCGUUUGUUACCCUGUCACAAGCCAUUGUGCUUCGUCCCUACUGCAAGUAG